GCCGAAUAUCCGCAUGUGUGGGACGGGCACUGUCUGGUUGUUGAUUUGUCUUGCAUAAAAAGCAAACAGGAAGAGAUUUUUUUUUCCUUAAAAAAAAAAAAACGAUUGUCAAUUAUCAGAAAUAAAUAACAGCACAACAAUGCCAGGAAUUGAUAAACUGCCGAUAGAAGAAGCACUGGAAGACAGUCCUCAGACUCGCUCCCUGCUUAGUGUGUUUGAGGAAGACACAUAUGCCAUAUCCAGCUACUACCAUCAGCUCUUCAAGGCCAUGCAAAGGAUAUAUGAUGCGCAGAAUGAACUGAGUGCUGCGACACACCUGACCUCCAAGUUACUGAAGGAGUAUGAAAAACAGCGUUUCCCACUCGGUGGUGACGAUGAGGUCAUGAGCUCGACUUUGCAGCAGUUUGCGAAAGUCAUUGAUGAGCUCAGCUCCUGUCAAGCCGUUCUGUCCACUCAGCUAGCCGACGCCAUGAUGUUCCCCAUCACUCAGUUCAAAGAGAGGGACGUAAAAGAAAUCCUCACUCUGAAGGAAGUGUUCCAAAUAUCCAGCGAUGAUCUGGACACAGCCAUCAACAGGUACAGUCGGCUGUCUAAAAAGAAAGAGAACGAGAAGUUAAAGGGUGAAGUGAUUGAAGAUGUUUACACCUCAAGGAAAAAGCAGCACCAGACCAUGAUGCACUAUUUCUCAGCACUUAAUACGCUACAGUAUAAGAAAAGGAUUGCCCUGUUGGAGCCGCUGCUGGGGUAUAUGCAGGCACAGAUCAGUUUCUUCAAGCUUGGAUCAGAGAACCUCACACAGCAAUGGGAAGACUUCCUCACAAACAUUGGAACCAGUGUACAGAAUGUACGCAGGGAGAUGGACAGUGAGGUGGACAUAAUGCAGCAGACCAUUCAGGAUCUGGAGCAGGCCAGUGAUCUGCUGUACAUGCCCGACCCUGACCCUAAUAAAAUCCCAAUUAACCGCAACCUGACCCGUAAAGCCGGAUACCUCAACAUUCGCAAUAAAACAGGGCUGGUGUCGACCACAUGGGAGCGGCAAUAUUUCUUCACACAAGGAGGGAACCUCAUGAGUCAGUCUCGAGGAGACGUGGCCGGAGGGCUGGUCAUGGACAUAGACAACUGUUCUGUCAUGGCAGUGGACUGUGAGGAUCGGCGUUUCUGCUUCCAAAUCUCUUCCUUCGACGGCAAAAAUUCUACAUUUGUGUUAUACCAGAGACAGAGAGAGAAAAUGAUUGCCAUAUUACAAGCAGACAGCAGAAAGGACUGUGAAGAGUGGAUCGCAACAAUAAAUAACAUCUCAAAGAGGAUAUAUCUUAGUGAGAAGCCUGAGGAAACUGCUGCCAGAGUCAACCAGUCAGCUUUGGAGGCCGUGACUCCGUCGCCUUCAUUCCAGCAGCGGCAUGAGAGUUUUAGACCAAACACGCAGGGCCGACCCCGAGCGGCCCGGACCAGCAGCCAGAGCUCAGCAGGCUCUGAGUCACCUGCUCUCUCCUCGCUGUCUCUGGACUCCCUGGUGGCUCCAGACACCCCCAUCCAGUUUGAUAUCAUUUCCCCAGUCAGUGAAGAGAGCACACCGCAAGCUAAAGGUGCUGCCCAGGGCAGAAGGACGAACCCGUUUGGAGAGUCCGGAGAGGUGCAGUCCGGAGACAGCGAAGACUCCAUCCUGCAUCAGCUCUUCAUCGUGCGUUUCCUGGGAUCCAUGGAAGUGAAGGCCACAGAGAACCCGGAUGUCAUCUACGAGACAAUGAGGCAGAUCCUGGCGGCCCGAGCCAUCCACAACAUCUUCAGAAUGACCGAGUCCCAUCUACUUGUCACCUGUGAUUGCCUUAAGCUCAUUGACCCUCAAACCCAAGUCACAAGAUUAAGGUUCCCUCUGUCCAGUGUGGUGAUGUGUGCAUCUCAUCAAGAGAACAAGCGCCUGUUCGGCUUCGUGUUGCAUACGGCUGGCGGCCGGGUUGAUGGACGUCCCGUCACUGUCUGCUACAUCUUUGAGUCUAAUAAUGACGGAGAGAAGAUCUGUGAUAGUGUGGGACUGGCGAAACAGAUAGCCCUUCAUUCAGAAAUUGAUCGCAAAGCCUCUCAGAAGCAGAGAGAGCAGGAAAAGGCAAAGGAGAAGCAACAAGAAGAGCUGACUAAACAAAAACAGAUUGAAAAGGACCUGGAGGAACAAAGUCGCCUGAUAGCUGCUUCUAGUCGUCCAAACCCGCCAACCGCUGACGGACAGUUCCUCGUCCUCAGCAAGAGCCAAUCGGAAGACAGCGAUGUCGGGGAGGAGGGGCGGAAAAGAGGUGAAUCUGAUGCUUAAGAGUAAGGAGCAUGAGGAUAAAGUUGAUCUCUACCUGGACUCAACUUUUCAUCUAAAACACUUAAUCUUAAUGACGUUUCUUUUAAAGCUUCUGAUUUUCUAAAGGAAAUUACUUUUGCAAAGUGACUGCAGAAUAUAAAAAAAAACAACAACCCACAAGUAAUGGAGAGAAGAGUAAUUUUAUAGGUGGGUGGAUUGGGAGAAAGCUGUCAUGAGCUUGUUUUAUUUGUAUUGUAUUUUGUAUCUUUUCCAUUAAUGACUUGUAUCGAAAACACACUUUUAGAUGUUUUUGGUUGCUGUGUAUGUGUGUGUGUGAGCGAGAGAGAGCGAGCGUGAGAGAGUUGGUGCACUACUAAUAAAUUGUGUGGUAAAUGGGAUAAAUUUUUUUGGAAGACAUUGCACGUGUGAAUAGCACAUAUUAACGAAGGACUUGUACUAAUAUUGUAUAUUUAACUUUAUGCGCUAACAUGCCUGCAUGUACUUCAGCUCGUGUCAUAUCUACAUCAGUAACUGAAUUGUAUUGGGGUUGAAUCUAACCAGAUUGUACCUGUCGUGAAUUCUGUAAGACGUGCUUUGCAAAUUGUCAUCUGUUUAAUUAAGGUUUGUGGACGUGGUCACUUAGGUUUUUGGUGGUUUUUUUUUUUGUUUGUUUGUUUUGUUUUUUUUAAAUAAAGAAAAAAGUAAUAAUUUUAAUCAUUUGUUUAACCCCUUAAACUCCCAGUUUACUACAGAGAAUAAUAAUAAUAAUAAUAAUAAUAAUAAUA